AUGUCAGCGAGUAACGUCAGCGCAGCACCAGGGUCACUGCGUACUGUGCCAGUGUUGUUGAGCAACAACGAGCGGACCAUACGGGUCAACGCGUUCCUGGACGACGGCACGACGCAGACGCUGAUCAGCGCAAGUGCCGCAGGUGCACUUGGUCUCCGCGGAGAGACGAAGAAGAUUACAAUGUCUACUCUGAAUGGGCACCAAGAAACGUUUCAGAGUAUGCCAGUCACUGUCACACUGUCUGACUUGACCAACAAGACAAGCGUGGACAUCUGUGCUAACACUGUACCAGCAGUAUCUCGGUCGCUAACACCAGUAGACUGGGAGAUUGUCAAGAAGAGCUGGCCACACUUGGAGAAUGUCCAGUUCCCGAAGCUCAGUGAUUGGUCGACAGUUGACCUUCUGAUUGGUAUUGACAACAGCAGCCUGCAUGUAUCGCUAGAAGAAGUCAUCGGUGGUCCAGGUGAGCCAAGUGCCCGGAGAACACCACUCGGCUGGACAUGUGUGGGUCCCAUCAGUCAAACGGCGGGAGACUCCCGGGUAUCGGCCAGCGUGCACCAUUGUCUGAUGACUCAGUCAGACGCCGACCUCACUCAGCUGGUGAGGAAGUUCUGGGAAGUAGACAGUCAGCCCGCGGCAGAUGGAGCGGCACUUCUAAUCCCAGAUGAGCGACAUGCACAGGAGACGGUCGCAAAGUCGAUCAAGCACAUUGGAAGCCAAUACAGUGUUGGCAUUCCAUGGAAGGAUCACCCGCCCGGAGCUAAUGCUAGCUACCACACUGCUCUGAAGCGGUUGGCCAACACCGAGCAGCGGCUGAGGCGAGACGCAGCAGUCGGAGAAGUCUACGCCGCUACGAUAGCGGAACACAUCAGCCAGGGCUAUGUGCGCCGGGUUGACACCGCAGACGUCAACAACGGAAACUCGUGGUACUUGCCCCACUUCCCGAUAGUCAAGCCGGACAAGACCACAACAAAAGUACGCAUCGUGUUCGACGCCGCAGCGAAGUCGAACGGCAAGUCAUUGAAUGACUUCAUCUUGCCCGGCCCCAAAUUACAGCAAGACCUGGUGAACGUACUGGUUAGAUUCCGUCGUGAGCCGAUCGCACUGGUCUGCGAUAUUGCCCAGAUGUACCUCCGUAUCAGCCUAAAUCCAGACGACCGGCGCUACCAUCGAUUUCUGUGGCGCACAGACCCAAGUAAGCCACCGGAAGUUUACGAAUUCUGCACGUGGUGUUCGGAGUCAAUGCCUCGCCAUUCCUAG